AACCACAAAACUAUACCAUACAUAGCCCCCACACACACGCAUACACAAACACACUCUGGUAGAAAAACAUGGUGAGGCUUGAGAAGGGUCUGUCCACAGCCAUGAAUGCUAGAAUAGUGGGGUCUGGCAAGGAGGCAAUAGUUCUGGCACAUGGGUAUGGCGGAGACCAGUCUUGGUGGGACAAAAUCCUUCCCUGCUUGGCUGAACGUUACCGCGUUCUUGUCUUUGAUUGGAGCUUUUCUGGAGCUGUCAAAGACCAGAACCUCUUUGAUCCGGUGAAGUAUUCAUCAUUUGAUUCAUUUGCCGAUGACUUGAUCAGUCUUCUAGAAGAGAUGAACUUGACCUCAUCAGUUCUUGUUGGCCACUCUAUGUCUGGUAUUAUUGGAUGCAUUGCUUCCAUUAAGAGACCCGAGCUCUUCAAGAGCCUCAUACUCAUUGGAGCUUCACCGAGGUACCUAAAUUCGGAAGACUAUGAAGGAGGGUUUGAAAAAUCAGAUAUUGAGCAAAUCUUGUCAAAUAUAGAGUUCAAUUUCAACAAUUGGGCUUCACAGUUUGUUUCUGUGGGUGUUGAUGCAAGCGAUCCUCUCUCCGUAGAGAAAGUCGAAAAGUGCGUGAAAAGAAUGAGGCCUGAAGCUGCACUCUCUACAGCAAAACUUAUUUUUCAGAGUGAUGAAAGAGACACUCUCGAGAAGGUCACAACCCCAUGCACCAUCAUCUCGACCACUAGCGACUUCGUUGUACCGUCCGGUGUCCCGGACUACAUGCAGAGGAAGAUCAAGGGCGAAACGACGAUUGAAAUCAUCGACACCCCCGGCCAUUUUCCUCAGUUAACUGCACAUCUCCAGCUCCUUGGGGUGCUAGGGAAAGUGUUGGGGUUUUAGUCAUUGACCUCGAGCAGACAAGUAAUUAGAUAGAUGCUUUUUAGACCUAUUUCUUAAGCCGAGUUAUAAGAGGUAAGAUGAUAAAUAAUGAGGCAAUUGGAAAUUGUCUCUAUUGAUGAGCUCUUGGGAUGUUGUUGGUACAUGGGUGGUGGUUUUAUCUUUAGGAGGCUCUGUGGUUGCUAUAGGUUGGUUUUGUCUCCUGACUAGUAUUUAGAUGGAACUGUUAUGGAUUGAAUAUGUAUUUUGUCUCUUGGUUGUAAAAUAUGGAACAUUUGGAAUGAAAUUGAUGGAAGCGCUAGUGUGUCUUUGGAUCCA